CACAACUUGAUAAAACGGGUCUUAACGAAGCAAAUACACACACCCUGCACUCAGUUGAAAUCAGAAUGAAAUCCUUCAUUUUUGUCUUCGUGUUGGGGACGUGUGCCCAAGCAUGGAGAUGGCCGUGGGAAUCGAAACCAGAAGGUGAGUAUAUAAAAAUUGUUUCCUUCAAUUUCCUCCUUUUUGUUAUAACUGUUUUUCAAGCAUCAAAAACCGAUGGCGAGCUUGCCAGGUCUGCUCUUGAAAUUGAACAUCAAAACUCAUGGCUGUGGGUGACAAUAACAUUGCCUUAUCGACUACUCGUAAAACCGUCAAACAUAUCAAUGGUCAAGCGAAACACGAACAGGUGUAUUCCUACUCAGAGUUAAGUGUACUAUAUAAAUGGAAAAGAUGCUAACCGAUUUUCAUUUCAUCCGGAAAGUUAAACAUCAAGUGGCAGAUAUACCAGCCAACUUGGGCCCCUUUCAGUUACAAUUUAUUUGGAUCGUGUACACCCUUAAAAAAUAUUGGAUCGAUCACGAUGUACAAUUUAUUUAACAACUUAUACUGGCACUCGAAUCGAAGCCGUUUGAAUAUUGCUGUGUUUUAUUGAAAAUUAAAUGCCAAUUAAGUAGAGCUGCAUUAAUGGUGCACCUUAAAUAUAACUCGGCACUUUUCUGUCCUAUCGCAUUGUAAGAUUUUGUUCGUCACAAUCGAAAUAAUUUAAAACAAACUGCUUCACGUUAUAAACGAGGCCCUCGUGUGUGUGUGACUGACCAAGAGAGAGGCAGAAAUUCAAACGAAUCAAAUCGCAAACUUGAAACAUUCAGAUAUCAUUUGCUUACGUUGUAGUACAAAUUAAAGAACAUCGUCCUUCCACGGAUAAGCGCCUAAGCUCUAAUAAAUCUAAAAGGCGCCUCGCGCCUCCCCUGAAUAAUCGCCCAACCCCAGGCCAUAGAGGCAACAAGUGGCCCCCUCGAAAAAAAACCGCCCCCCACCUCCGCCUUCACUUUCCUAAUUUGUAGGGAUACAAAGAAAACCUCUAUUGCCACUCAACUUUAUAACUUUUCAAGCAUCAACUAUAGCGGAGUCAGUACAGGAGAAUAAUAAGCGCCCCCCUCGAUUAAGCACCCUGUUUCCGAUAAGCGCCCCCUGACGAGUCAAUUUCUUUCUUAUAAGUAAUUUUGAAACUAUUUUCUCUUCUCAGCACCAGAAUGGUCUCAGCUUUCAGGUAAUUUAUAAGUCAAUCAUUCAUUUGUUUAUUCUGCGAAAUGUUUUAAAUAAUUUGAAGUUGUGCAUUUUAGCAAUGGACCAGUAUUUAGGAAUGGAUCAGCCAGGACUAGCAUUUAAAGUUAGCUUUUCUUGUGGUAGACUACAAAUUUGAAUGAACAAAUAUCAAUGUGAGAGACAUUAUUGUGAAACAGUUUAGCUUUUUUUCACAAUCUUACCAACUCAUUGUGUAUAUAGGUUCUAGCUCCCGGUCAUGACGUCUCAUACCAACAUACCGCGCGGAGUUUGGGUGCCACAAUGUCGACUGUAACGUAAGGGACUGGCCAUUAUUAAUGGCCUAGGAGUGGGGGGUUUAAAGGAUUUUGGUUGUGUCUUACCUGAUCCCCCCUAAGGCUUUGUAAUAUUCGUAUGAUCCCCCCGACAUCAUUGCCAGCUAACUGAUAUUCAAUUUGCUAAGGUUCCCCCUUUACACUCUGUUGGCGACAACUGAUCCCCUCUAAGUUCUCCCCUAAAAGAAUUCCUUUCUCUUACAGUGACCUGGGGAAAGUUCGACAAAUUGCCGAAGGAUAAAGACGCAGCGAUCAAAACUGGAUGGAAAUUGACAGCGUCAUGUGACGGUAAGAUAAGAUUUGCCGGAAUAUACCUCUUUAGCCUGUAUUUUUUUCCCAUUCUAGGUCUCAGGGAAUUCACAGCUUUGUCGUUUGCAAAUUAUGCGUACAUACGCACGUGUAUGAGACGAAAUUUGAAUGAAACAGUUUUCAAGAGUAUUAUCACAUGACCUGAACAAACAAGAUAACGAGGUCUCUUAUUACGAGGUGUUGAUUACCCACAAUAUCGUGAAGUCUCAUCUUUGUGGUGAUGUGCCUAAUCUUGUACAUCCUCACCGUGCACAUGCAAAUAACCUUGAACAGAAGGCGAAUUCGAUCAACUGCGUUUAGCCAUGCAAGAUUGCCUGGUUAACGUGUAUUUGCUUCUACUUUUCAUCGAAGACUGAGUCGUUUAAUAACGAAUAUAUACAGAGACCUGCUAUUCCACCCUUCCGCUGCCUCUACAAUGACUGCUUUGGCUUCAUUGUUUCUUUUUGAAAGAGUGCGGCAAGCCAUGCGCAUUUGCUCCUUCAUUUUUAGUUACGCUGGUCACUCAUGCUACCUCUUUCUACAUUUUAUUGCAGCAGCCAAUUAUUUUGCUGGCAAUCGUUACGUUCUUAAAGGAGACACCGCAGUGAUGCUUCUCUUUGAUUCCAAGGGAAAGAUAGCUGGAAUUCAAAAUGGGGUAAUGAACACAACUUAGGUUUUACCCUCUUUUACUUUGGGUCCUCCUCACCGGCAGGUAACUGACUGUCAAUCUUCGACAGUCUCCGCUAUUGACGGGGACUGUCGAUCUGUUGACGACUGUUGACGACCGUUGGUGACCAUUGACGACCGUUGACGACUGUUGACGACCGUUGACGACCGGUGACGACUGUUGACGACCGUUGACGACAACUGAUUUCCCACUUCGUUCCCCCAGAGAACCAUGUAAUCCACCCAAAACCUCCAUCCAUCGCCCGGCGAUAUCCGGUAACUGCCUCUCUAAGCCUCAAGCCAUCGUUCAAUUUUAGAUUCCCAAUUCAGCUGUUGGAGACUUACGGGCUCCCUGGAUUCGUGAAGGGGAUAACUACGUCAUAACAGCUUACUUCACCGAUCCUGAAACCAUCUGUAGUGGACCCAGGCCCGUAACACCCUACUUAGGAGACCAACUUUUGCUACAGACUGGAAACAAGAUUUCUAACAUCAUGUCGAUUCCUUUCAAGCAAGAGGAUUUGGCUGGAACUAAGUGGGUGCGCGGGGGCUGUUUCCCUUCCAUGGGUAAGUCGAAGUCAUACCUAUUUUAUUACUUUCUAUAUAAGUAACUUGUUUCCAUGCGACUUCCUCGUUCAAAAUCACAGAGAAGUCUUGCUUAGUCAGAGAGAAGUUCAUCAGCCGAUAAACGUACAGAUCCAAGCCUCGAGAGGGUUGCCUAUUGCAUCAAUUUUCCACGAUAUGUUCAAUUUUUUUACGGGCUUGGAAAUUUAAUGGUUUAUCGUUAGUUUUCGAUGAUGGGAGAAAAAUUAUGUUUAACAUUAAAUUACCUUUUGACUAAUUUCAACCAGUAACUGCUUUGCAAAUUAACAUCUGAUUAAACAUCCAGUUUUGGGGUUUUUUUCAGGUCGCCAUUACUGGUACAACAUCUCACCGGAUAUGGACUGCCGAGACUUUUACCCGAUGUUUCUGUUGUACAACAGGGAUCGUCUGACCGGUUUUGGUUGGGUCGCCAUUGGUAAUGCUGACAGUCCACGGUACGAACACCCCCCUCCUAAAAGACUCGGGGUAAGCAGAGUCACAAGAACACAAUAUGCCUCUUUAUCUUUUGUACUUGGACAUGUGCGCAUAUUUGGUGACCGUGUGUGCGUGCUCGCUUGUGUGCUUCUCAAAUGCUUGUGACGUGAACACUCCUAUGCAUAUAGCAUGCGUUUUUCUAGAGUGUUGUGACCUGGGUGCUCUCAUAUGCUUGUGGCAUACCUUUCCUCAAAUGCCUGUGGCGUGCCUUGUAACAUGCAUUUCUCAAAUGCUCUAUGCUAUGUUAGAAUCUGCACGCUUCGCAUUAUUGCGUGUUUCGAUCAAUGAAUGGAAACGAAGUUUUGUGUUAAGCGAGUGAAUCUUUGUUUGUUAUCGAGACUAGCGGGAAUCUUUCGAAAAGAAUUUUUCUGGCUUUCUGAAAUCCUUUGCAUUUGAAACUUUUGGUCAAAUUUAUGACGAUGUGCAUAGUAGUAAACACUCGAGGGCACAAAGCUACAACAUCUUAAAUCUUGCUCGCUAUUGGCGAUAAGCAAACUCUUAGCAACAGUUUUUUUACGUUACUUCUAGGAUCCACUUACACGAAAUCAGUCAAUGGAAAAUAGUGGAGGAUGGGAUAAAUUUAAUUAUUGCUCUCGACUUUUUUUUUCUUUCCAGCUGGGAUUCUUCCUGUCAGCAACAAAGCCAAAAUGCAUAGCCAACCUUAAAUCAUUGACCACGCAACACGUCUAUCUGGACAAGAGACCAUACCUCAACCUCUGCUUUAUUUAGAUAACGCCGUUGCAGACACAACCUCUUUACUAGGAGCUCUCCUCUUUCCGUACCCUUAGGGCUUCCAUGCCACUGGAAGGGAGGGAAAGUGACCUGGAAAGACUGUCAUUGCAGAGUUGACUUUUCUCUCUAACAAGGGAAAAUUUUAAAGGGAAUUUUGAAGUUUCAGG